CUGAUAAGUGCUAUUUAGGACUUUAGGAUGUGAUAUUUAAUAUUUCAUAUUUUGCCUGAAAAGAACAGUUCUUUAUAUAAAUAUAUAAUGGAAUUUGUAGAUUUCGAUAAAACUCUAACUGAUGAAGAAUGCAAACGACUUUCCGCACAAAAUGAUCGUAUCGUCAGUGAACACCAAGCCAACAUGUUGGAAGUGAAAGCAAAAAAGCACUGGGACUUGUUUUACAAAAGGAAUGAAUCUCGAUUUUUCAAAGAUCGCCACUGGACUACUAGAGAAUUCCAGGAAUUGUUGAAUCAGAGUGAAACUACCAAACUCAUUCUCUUUGAAGUUGGUUGUGGUGUGGGAAAUUUCAUCUUUCCUCUUAUUGAAGAAAAUUUGAAUUUCAAAGUCAUAGCAUGUGAUUUGUCGCCCCGUGCUGUAGAAAUUGUCAAGAAACACCCAAAUUAUAGCCAGGAACAAAUUAAAGUGUUCCAAUGUGAUAUCACCACAGAUCAUGUGUUUGAAGAAGUUGAAGCUGGUUCAGUUGAUAUAAUCACACUAAUAUUUGUUUUAUCUGCAAUUCAUCCUGAUAAAUUCUCCACUACUUUGAAACACCUAUUUAACCUUCUAAAACCUGGAGGAAUAUUAUUGUUUAGAGAUUAUGGACUUUAUGAUAUGGCUCAACUAAGAUUCAAACCUGGAAAUAAAAUUGCUGAAAAUUUUUAUAUGAGGCAAGAUGGAACGCGGAGCUAUUAUUUCUCAAUUGAUGAAUUUUCCAAUUUGCUGGAAGAGGCUGGCUUUGAAAUUAUAGUAAAUACUUAUGUACAUAGAAGAACAAUUAAUAUAAAGGAGAAUAUUGAUGUCCCAAGAAUUUUCAUUCAGUCUAAAGCUAGAAAACCCUUGGGCUGGUAAGAUUAUCCCUCGGAUUAUCCUAUAAAUUUCAUAAUAGAAUUGUACUCUAUAAGGAAAAUGUAAACAAGUGGAAGCUGUGUAGCACCUACCUACUUCUACAGUUUCUGCUUGAUGAUUGUUAAAAAUAUAAUUUCUGUAUAGCUCCUCAUAAUCAUUCAACUGGAUAAUAGUUAUCCAUCAAACUUAUAAUGAGGACUAUCAUUCACAAGUUUAUGUCAGGAGCAUAGCAAGUGGCAUAAUUAAUAUUAUAAUCAAUUGUAUAACAUAUAUUGCCUACCCUAGACCUAGACCAGUGAAUAAUGGUUAUUCACCACUAUUAUUCACUGGGGUAAAACAUGGCUAUAAUUUUGUUCCAGGAGGUACAUGUAUUAUGAAUAUCUUAUACAACAGUCCUGGAUGAAAUACAUUUGAAAUCCCAUUACAUUGUCAUUAAGAGUCAUUAAAUCAUCCUCUGACCUUAGUGAAGCUUUUUAGACUGCCAUCUAUAUAUAAGUUUUCAAUUACAAAAUACUUUUCUGUUCUUGAGUACAAGCAUUUCUGGUUCCCCUUUUCAAAUUCCAAUUUCAGCUUUUGCUGAUUUUCAGUAUUUUUUUAUAUAUUUUGGAAAUUCAUUAUAAGUUCUUAAUCCUGUAGUGACCUAGGAAUUAUAUGUCUUCCUUGACUCCCUGGAAACAUCUUCUAUACCUACAGGGUAAAACUGUAGACCUAUGAAUUAUAUGUUUUAUGGUUUUACCCUGUAUACAUGAUGUUUCCAGGGAGACAAGGAAAAAUGAUAAAACUGUCACUUAUAGUUUGAAUAUAAUAUUUGUUCAGUC